CAGCCAUUGUCCUGCCAUGGUGACCUGCCAAUACCCAUGAUGCUGCGGAAUCUGACUCCCUAAUCCCUAACUACCAAUCCCCGACCUCCUACCGUCUACACCAUGCUCGACUCACUCAUCACCGUCGCCUUCUGCAUCUCCACCGCCUUCACGCUACUCAUCUUCCUUCUCCCCUCCCAAUACGCAUCGAAGCGUUCCUCCGACCCUAAUGCCCCCAAAACAACCGCCCAGAUUCUCGUGCUAGGUGAUAUCGGGCGCAGUCCGCGCAUGCAGUAUCAUGCGCUUAGCGUCGCGAAACACGGCGGACAGGUGGAGAUUAUCGGGUAUCAUGAAUCCGAAGUACAUCCCGAGAUCGCCUCCCAUCCGCGCAUAUCCAUCGUGCCUCUGCCCCCGCACCCGGCCUGCCUGCAGACCAGCAACAAGAUCCUGUUCCUCCUGUUCGGGCCGCUGAAGGUGCUGUUCCAGAUUGGCUGUUUGUGGUGGACGCUGGCGUAUCGGACAAAAGCUGUGAAAUGGGUGAUCGUCCAGAACCCCCCCUCCAUACCCACGUUGGCCAUCGCGUCCCUCGUCUGCUUCCUCCGCCACACGAACCUGCUCAUCGACUGGCACAACUUCGGAUACACCAUCCUGGCCCUCAAGCUCGGAGACGCCCAUCCCCUGGUUAGAUUGUCCAAGUGGUACGAGAAGAAGUUUGGGCAGUACGCCACGGCACACCUAUGUGUGACCAAUGCCAUGGCCACAGUGCUGAAGGAGGAAUUCGGCCUGCGCGCCCCCAUCCUCCCGCUACACGACCGCCCCGCAGACCAUUUCCAGCCUAUUCUCGACGAUGACGUGCGCCGGGAGUUCCUCCUCUUGCUGCCGGAGACGGAAUCCGUUCGCCCGCUCAUCCAAUCCAACGACCUCCGCGUCCUGGUCAGUUCGACCUCGUGGACCGCCGACGAGGACUUCUCGCUGCUCAUCGACGCACUCGUCCGCUACUCCAACCUCGCGGAGACCAUGAACCCUGACCUUCCUCCCGUUCUGGCUAUCAUCACCGGCAAAGGCCCCCAGAAGGAGAUGUAUCUGAACCAGAUCGCCGAGCUCGAAAAAGCCGGAAAGCUCAGAAAAGCGACCAUCCGAACUGCCUGGCUGACGAUGCAAGACUAUGCGCGGCUGCUGGCAUCCGCGGCUCUGGGCGUCAGUCUGCACACCAGUAGCAGCGGCGUUGAUCUGCCAAUGAAAGUCGUCGAUAUGUUCGGCGCGGGCCUGCCGGUCGUCGGCUGGAACCGGUUCCCGGCGUGGCCGGAGCUGGUCACGGAAGGUCGCAACGGGCGGGGCUUCGGAAGCGCCGAGGAGCUGGUCGACCAGCUUGUCGAGCUUUUCGGGGAUUCCUCGAAACUCGAGACCCUCCGUGCUGGUGCGCGCGAGGAGAGUUCUCGUCGGUGGGACGGCGAGUGGGACCCUGUUGCGGGCAAGUUGCUCGGGCUGAUAUAGACCAGAUGCCGUGUAAGAUACCAAGCGUUAAAACAAGAACAUAUUCCAU